UAGUGAAUGCAGGGUCCGGGGAGACCGGAUAUAGUGAAUGCAGGGUCCGGGGAGAGCGGAUAUAGUGAAUGCAAGGUCCGGGGAGAGCGGAUAUAGUGAAUGCGGGGUGCGGGGAGAGCGGAUAUAGUGAGUGUGGGGAGAGCGGACACAGGGAAUGCGGGGUGCGGGGUAAGAGCGGAUAUAGUGAGUGCGGGGAGAGCGGACAUAGUGAAUGCGGGGUGCGGGGAGUGCGGAUAUAGUGAGUGCGGGGAGAGCGGACACAGGGAAUGCGGGGUCCUGGGAGACCAGACAGUG